AUGGCAGAGAUGGAGGUCGAAAACAGUGGAGCUGGCCAACAUAUCGAAGGUCCUAUCGCCUCUGCAACAAAAGGCAAGAGGCACUUCCGCCUCCGAACCAUUUUCAGCGUGGUGGUCAUGUGUCUCGGCUCCAUCUCGUACGCCUACUCUGCGGGAAUCAUUGGAAACACGAUUGCGCAACCCAGCUUCUAUCGAUACAUGAAACUCAGCGACACCAAUGCUGCGGCCCUUACGGGGGCGACAACUUCACUUUACUAUGCCGGCGGUGUCUUCGGAGCGCUAUCCAGCCACUCCAUCGGAGAUCGAUUUGGCCGAAAGACAUCGAUCUAUAUGGGAGGGGCUAUCAUUGUAAGAUACUUCCUCUGCACGGACUUCGAGUUUCCGUGCGACCCAGUAUCAUCAUGGCUACAGGCUGACAGCAAUUCACAGGUGGUCUCAGCGGCGCUGUGUGCUGGCUCAGUCCACAUUGCCAUGUUCAUUGUAUUUCGAUUCGUCAGUGGCUUUGGCGCUCUGAUCUUGUCAAUGACCAUCCCCGUGUGGAUCACAGAAUGCGUGCCGCCGGAGGUGAGAGGUGCCUUCGCCCAGUUCCAUGCCGUGGGCGUGAGCACUGGCUACCUUCUGGCCAGCUACGUCGGGGUUGGCUUCUACGUCAACGUGAGUCCCGCCUCCCUCGCGACGUGGCGAGGACCGCAGGCGAUCGGGGCCGUCCCGGCAAUCUGUCUCCUCUGUGGCCUCUGGUGGGUGCCCGAGUCCCCGCGAUAUCUCCUGAUGAAAGGCCGAGAGGAAGAAGCGCGAGACAUCAUUCGGAAACUCCAUUCCUCCUCAGGGGACACGCUCUUUGCAGAGAUGGAGGCGUUUCAGAUGAAAAAACAAAUCGAACUCGACCGCACCUUGCCCUCGUCCUGGUCCGAGAUCUUCCGCAGGCCGUCGUUGCGCAAACGGAUGCUCAUGACCAUAUUCGUCGUCUUUUCGGUGCUCUCCAGCGGGAACUUGACCAUUGUUCUCUACGCUACCCAGAUGUAUGAGAGUUUGGGCUUUGAUGCAUUGAAACAACAGCUCCUUCAGGCUGGUCAGCUGGCCGCCGUCAUGCCUGGUCUAGUCGCUGCAAUCUUCUUCACAGAGAGACUUCGUCGACCUACCAUGGUCGCGAUUGGCCUUUCAAGCAUGGUGAUCGUUUUGUCGUGCUACACGGCUGUUUCGGCGCAGUUCGCGGGCCAGUCCAACAACCGGUCGGCUCAGAUAGCCGGAGUCGCCCUGGUCUACAUCUAUCUCGUCCUCAGCGCCGCGCUCACCGAAGGGCCUUGCGCCUAUUGGAGCGCCGAGUUCUUCCCCACGCAUCUCCGAGCAAAAGGUGCCACUAUCAACGUCGUCACCUUUUGUGUCGUCAGCAUUCUCUGGACGCAGUCGGCCUCCUCGGCAAUCUCCAAUAUCCAGUGGCGGUUCUUCUUGGUCUUCAUCUGCAUCACAGCCGUCACUUCCCCGAUCAUCUACUUCUUCUUUCCCGACACGCAGGGGAAGAGCUUGGAGGAAGUCGCGCUGCUUUUCGGGGACACGGAUCUCGUGGUCGUUUGCCAGGAAGACAUUGUGCUUGAUGCGGAGAGUCACACGAUUACAGGGAAAAUCCACAUAGGGGGCGAAGAGAAAGCAGUUGCUGAGCAUCUGGACACCGUGGUGUAGCUUGCCCGCCGAACAAACCAGGAUUCUGGGCGGUUGAGGCCGUGGAAAGUCCAAGGCCAGAGUGGGCAAGCGUCGAGAGUUGAUGUCGUCCCGGCUGA